AUGGAGGCGCUCUCCCUCAUCGACGUCUCCGCCGAGGACGAUCUCCUCUACGACCUCGCCUCACCGGCCCCGUCGCGUCCCGAUCCGCCCCACGCAGGGUCUCUGGUGGGUGCCGAGGCGACCUCCUCCGUUGGUUCUCCGUCUGCGGCGGGCCGGGCUGCGGAUCCGGACGGUGUGAUGGUGGAGCAGGCGCCCCCUGAGCGGACGGAAUCCCCGGAGCAGCGGAAGGCCAAGAAGGGGGUAAACCUCCGCAAGAGCUUGGCUUGGGACAGCGCCUUUUUUACCAGUGAAGGUGUUCUCGAUACUGAGGAAUUGGCCAUUGUUAACAGCAUGUUCCGUAAGACCCAGGGUUCCAGGCUGCCUGGAAUCAUGGAGGAAAUGAGGAGAUCAGGGGAAUCAACAACAUCAACUAUGGAAAGUGAAACCUGGGCAAUGGAAAGCCUUGAGACGGAACUAUUUGACAAUGUGCGUGCUUCGAUCCAGAGGUCCCUUGGCAAACCUGAUAAAGUUCCAGGUCGGCCUGUUUCUGGCUCAAACACCCCAAAGGCCAUAGCUAAUGUACCUCGUGUUGCAGCUAAAAAAGGUGUUGAUCGGAUGCCCCAGCCAAAGAUAAGGGCCCCUGUUUCAACAAGCCAAGGAGCUGGUGGCAGACAAAGGCCCCAAGUCACCACCAAAGAGCCUGUGGCUGCAAGAGUUAAUUUGCCAGGAGCUGCAGAAGCAAGGAUAUCCUCAAAACCUCCUAGGGCUCUGCCAAGAGUUGCUAUGAUGAGAUCAUCAACUAAUACAGCUGUCAUAUCUGGGGUUUCAGACAAAAGAAGCAGCACUGGGGGUGCUGUCAACAGGCAGGCAGCUGGUAAAACUGCCAGUACUUCAGCUGGCCUGAGAUCUGGCGGGGGUACAAAGUCUAGUUUGGUCUCAAAAUCAGGUCCCUUCACAUCAGCAACUUCUUCCCAUGGUGUGUCGAUGGACACUAAGCCAAAAGGAAAAACCAAAACGGCAACCCUAAGCAACAAGAAUAGGACUGCCCAGAGGGUCCCUGUUCAUCCGGCAUCAAAAUCUGAUAUCAGCAAAACUAUUCCCUCAAGAUCAUCAGGGAACAAGAUCCCAGCUAAGGGCCGUGCUGACCGUGCAUCACCAGGCAUUUCACCUAGCAGCUCCAUGGACAGCAUGAGCUCUGUCAUAUCUGGGGCUUCAACCGCUUCCACCGUAGGGAGGAUGAGCCAUACAUCUGAGAGUUUGAAUGCACUGUCCCCAUCCCUCAGGAAGAGCAAUGACUGCCCUCCAACUCCAAAGCUUAGGCCUCCUAUUGUCACAGAUGGACAUUCUUCUGGAACAGCAGCCUCUGGAGAUAAUUUAAAAGCUACUGCAGAAAUAACCAACCAGGGAAAAGGCUUUAAGCCAUCAGGGCUUCGGAGGCCCACACCCAAGAUUGGUUAUUUUGAUGCUGAGAAAUACAAUGACCAAAACAUUGGUCAACAGGUACAACCGCAACCUUCAAAGGUCCUGUGUCUACCUGGCACACCAAAAUCUCAGAACAUGAAUGUGAAUGCCGCACCAGCUACCUACGACCAACAGGAAUCAAAGUUGACCGCAGCACCUCAUGAGGAAAGCUGUGUUUCCAAAAGUAAGGUGGUGAAGCCGCUGCCUCUUAUGGUGGAAGUAGAGCCUUUUAAGGUGGCCGAACCAGCUUGCACAAACCUGACUGAUCCAGUUGUGGACAGAUCUGAAGCUGUGCAACCGCAAUCCAUGGAGCUCCAGUGCUUGCUACCCGCCACACCAAACUCUCAUCCAACCUUUGGUCAGCAAGUAUUAAAACCUAUAGCAGCACCUUAUGAGGUUAGUGCUUGCAAAAGUAACACAGCGAAGGCGCCUCUGGUAGCUGUGCAACUGGAAGUAGAAGCUCCUCUGGAAGCUGUGCCCAUGGAAGUAGAACCUUCUAAGGUGGACAAACCUUCAGCGUGCAGACACCUGGCCAGUCCAGUUGUGGUGAAACCCAAAGACAAAUCCUUUGACCAAAACGCUGGAGGACUGCUGCAAGUGCAACUUGUCGCCGAACCUGAAGCAUGCACGCGCAAGACUGAAACAGUGGUGGUUGCAGACUAUUCGAAGGAGAAUAUUCCGGCUUUGCAUCAGAAUAUACAAGCUAAUUUCGAUGCGAGUUCAUUAGUUGAUCUGCUGACCCAAAAGCUAUCCUCCAUUUCCCUUGGGGAGGCUACCCCAAACGUGCCCCCCAGGUCCUGCAGGGAAUGA